CAACACGAAAUCAAUCGAUGACAGCGACGGAUUUUCUCCUAUCGUCGCUGACGACAUUUUGUCAAUAAAUUGUAAAAUUGAAGAGAAUUUAGUAAACUUUUCGUAGUGUUUAGUGUUAAAUAAGCCACAAAGAUGGCAGACAAUGAACAGAAAGCUAUGCAGUUAAUGGCCGAGGCGGAGAAGAAGCUGAGUUCUUCGAAAACUUUCUUUGGAUCACUUUUCGGUGGUUCUUCGAAAGUCGAAGAAGCGGUAGACUGCUACCUCCGGGCAGCGAACCUCUUCAAAAUGGCCAAGAAGUGGGCGCAGGCAGGACAGGCGUUCUGCAGUGCAGCCAACUUGCAUCUGAAGGCUGGGGUCCGUCACGAUGCGGCUACCAACUUCGUCGACGCUUCCAAUUGUUAUAAGAAGUGUGAUCCUAAUGAGGCUGUCUCGUGUCUGCUGAAGGCGAUUGAGAUCUACACCGACAUGGGACGAUUCACCGUAGCUGCUAAACAGCAUCAGAACAUUGCUGAGCUAUAUGAAACCGAGUGCGUAGAUCUCUCCCGCGCCAUGCAGCACUACGAACAGGCGGCUGAUUACUUCCGCGGCGAGGAGUCCACCUCCUCCGCCAACAAGUGCAUGCUCAAGCUCGCCCAGUAUGCCGCCCAGCUCGAGCAUUAUGAUAAGGCUAUACAGAUCUACGAGCAGAUAGCCAAAUCGUCCCUGGACAACAGCCUGCUGAAAUACAGCGCUAAAGAGUACAUGUUCCGCGCGGCGCUGUGUCACCUCUGCGUCGACAUACUGAACGCUCAACACGCCGUCGAGAAGUACUGCGGCCUGUACCCCGCCUUCGCCGACACUAGGGAGUGUAAGCUGAUUAAGGAACUGAUCGAGCAUUUGGAAGAGCAAAACGUGGACGCUUUCACUGAAGCCGUGAAAAACUACGACAGCAUAUCUCGACUGGACCAGUGGUAUACGACCAUGCUCGUUCGUAUCAAGAAACAGAUCAACGACAACCCCGACCUGCGCUGAGUCGCUCGCCUCCCGCCUGCCGCAGCCGUGUGUCUAGCGUGAGUGGCCAGCAUUAUUUAAUUAAAUCCAACCUUUAUGUUAUUAAAAAAAAAAUCUUACAUUUAUUAUUUACAUUGGCAAUUAUGUCUCUUGUUUUCCUUUUUUGAAUUUUAAAUCAGAAUCUUCCAUUUUUGAACUGUCUUUCGAGUCAUGCAUUGUUAUUAGAGUGUUACAUCGCAAUACAUAUGUUAGGAAGGAAUCGACUUUCACAUAAGUGAAGGGGCAAUGCAUGCUUGGCUGUCAGUUUAGCUGCUCUAACAAUAUAACUUAUUUUAAGUUGAUUGUAAUGCAAUUUUCUGUUAAUAUAAUUUAAUAAAACUACUUAAACACAACAAGAUCUACGAGCGUGUCAAAAAUAAAAAAACAACUUGACAUUUACCAUGAAAUGACAUUUAUGACGUUCCAGUCAUGACAGCUGCUGUCAUUUUGACGUUGUCAUGACACAAUUGUCUAUAGGUAAUCUAUAGAGUAUGUAAGAAGACGCGAUUGAUGCUCAAUAAUGCUUGCAUAACGGUGAGCGGCGAAGGGCGAUAUAAUGUUUCCUUUUUUAUCAUAAACUCUGUAGAAUAUUUCAUUAUGCCUAUUUCAUUGUAACAAGUUAGGCAAAUCAAUGUUUGUAUCACAUUGUUUGACAGUAUUUUAGUUUUCUUUGGUAGUAAUUGAUAAAAUGUUGACUGAUAGCGGUAGAGAGAGAUUGAUACUCGGUUAUUUGGUAGGUUUUAGUUUUCAGAGUAUUAAGUGAUGGUUGUUGGUUCACGAAUCCUAUUACUUUUCAUAAUUUAAUUCCUCAUAACAGUGUAUUCUCAACAAUCUGUCAUGCCAAUUUUAGCAGUCAAGACAUGGAAAGCCAAAUCCAUAUUAUUGUUUAAAAUGAUUGAUUCCCAUCACGGGCAUUUAAGUCUGAUUAUGUAUGCCCCAAGUCUUAUUGAUCGCAUUCCGAUUAGUUUAAAUGAAUCUUUGAUUAAAGAAAGAUGUACUAAGUUACCCAAUCGUGUUUGAGUAUUUCAAAUGUCAAAAAAUGUGACACAAACACAUAUUUAGUAUUCAAGAUUUAGUCGGUAUAAUUAGAAUAUAAGUCGGGAGUAAAAUCAUUAUCGAAAAAUGUUUUUUAUCUGUACGUUAAAACUGUAACGUUCCAAUUUACGCAGUGAUUUCGUUUGAGUUGUAUACUCUUUAUUUAUAUUUAUUUUUCUUGUAUUGCGAGGCCGGCGUGGCGUUUAUUGUAUAUAUUAUUGUUUUUAAAUAGCGUAAAAAGGAUUCCCCCGUACAAUUUUGUUUGAUGCAGUGGUAUUGCCAGGUGAAAAAUGUUUUAUGUAUUUUUGUUACUUGCAACCUGUUCAAGAGUAUGGUAUUCUUGAUACUUUUAAGAUGAAUCCUAUCAGAUUAUGCUUUAUGAUUUUUUACCUUGUGUUAUGAAAUAGUGAGAUAUUUCAGUAUCAAUUUUUUUCUAAAUAUACUUUGUUUCAGUAUGUUUAUCCUAAUAUGUAUUAUGGCAUUACCACUAGACAAUUUUGUUUCCCACAAAAGUUAUUUGCAAUGGGGCCUAUUCUCAUUUAGAGUUAAAAAAUAAUAUUUAUAACAUUUUAUUUUGUUGUUGUAAAUAAUGUCUUGUUUCGUUAAUAAAUUUUAUAUUUUUAA